AUGAGCGGACCACGAUCAAAGCUGAAGGUGAAGACGGCCAUCCCCAUGGCUCGAAUUAAAAAGAUCAUGCAAUCCGACGAGGAUGUGGGCAAAGUGUCCAAACACUCGCCCGUUCUCAUUGUUUUUGCACGACCUGCUGAUCAAGUCGGCGGCCGUCACGCAAGAGAAGAACGGCAAGAGUAUCAGCCCCACGCACAUCAGUGCGUUAUGGCGACCCCCGCCUUUGAUUUCCUCACGGACAUCGUGAAGGACAUACCCGACAUCGAGCCCGACAAACCGAAGAGAACGCGCAAGCCACGAGGGGAAGGCAAGCGAGGCCGCAAGAAGGGCGCCGAGGCUGCAGAUGCGGAUGCAGAAGACGCGGAGGCCGAGGACGAUGGGGAGGAGGAAGACGCCGACGACGGUGAUGAGUAG